AAUUAGUCUUCUGGAAAGGGAAAAAUAUUAAGACAUAAGAGAAUACAAUACUUUCAAUCUUUCUUAUGCUCAAAUGGUGGGGAAGAUUCAGCAUAAUUUAUGACCACGACUCAUAUUACUAUAUAGUUUAUUCUCUAUUUUUUGAAACUUGAGUGCCUCCAGGUUUUUUUUUUUUUAAUUUACUCCCAUUGAGAAAGCCGAAGCGGAUGGUAAAGACAGUGAGAUAGCACAUUUUUACCCAACUUGACAACAGCUUCCGAAACCAGAAUAGGGGACUCUGGCAUAUUAAUGGAUCACAACUGCUCUCAUGAAUCCCAUUAAUGCAAUCCCAACGACAUCAAGUGAUAUGGCAGCUGAAACAGGGAAGAAGGAAGAGAUGGCGAAGGUGAAAAUCACCAGCAAAAGCCAUGUCAAGCCUGGGAAGAUUGUAGGAAGAAAAGAAUGCCAACUGGUCACAUUUGAUCUACCAUAUCUGGCAUUCUAUUACAACCAGAAGUUGCUGUUUUACAAGGGUGGGGAGUUUGAGGAGAAAGUGGAAAAACUCAAGGAUGGGCUCAGGGUAGUUUUGGAGGAGUUUUAUCAGCUGGGAGGCAAGCUUGGAAAAGAUGAGGAAGGGGUUUUCAGGGUGGACUACGAUGAUGAUAUGGACGGUGUUGAGGUGUUGGAAGCCAUCGCAGAGGGGGUCAGCGUCGAUGAACUUGCGGCCGAUGAAGGCACAAGCUCUCUCAAGGACCUCAUACCGUACAAUGGUGUCUUGAACUUGGAGGGCCUUCACAGGCCUCUGUUGUCUGUGCAGUUAACGAAGUUGAAAGGUGGACUGGCAAUGGGGUGCGCGUUCAACCACUCCAUUCUUGAUGGAACCUCCACCUGGCAUUUCAUGAGCUCAUGGGCCCAAAUCUGUAGAGGGUCCAACUCCGUCUCUGUUCCACCGUUUCUCGAGCGGACCAAAGCCCGAAACACCCGCGUGAAGCUGGACCUCUCUCUCCCACCCAACCCACUCGCUUCAUCCAACGGUGAUGCCAAGGUAGGCCCGCAACUGAGGGAGAAACUCUUCAGGUUUUCCGAAGCUGCCAUCGACAAGAUCAAGUCAAAAGUCAACUCUAACCCACCAUCCGACGGCUCUAAACAAUUCUCAACUUUUCAAUCUCUAGCUGGCCACAUUUGGCAGCACGUAACCCAAGCGCGUAAUCUUAAACCUGAAGACUACUCAGUUUUCACUGUCUUUGCAGAUUGUCGUAAAAGGGUUGAUCCUCCCAUGCCAGAAUGUUACUUUGGCAACCUGAUUCAAGCCAUCUUCACCGUCACGGCAGCCGGGUUAUUGCUGGUGAACCCACCGGAAUUCGGUGCAUCAAUGGUAAAAAAAGCUAUAGAAGCACACAAUGCUAAGGCCAUCGAUGAACGUAACAAGGAGUGGGAAGCUGCACCCAAGAUUUUCCAGUUCAAGGAUGCUGGUGUCAACUGCCUGGCUGUUGGGAGCUCUCCCAGGUUUAAGGUUUACGAUGUGGAUUUCGGGUGGGGAAAGCCAGAAGGGGUGAGAAGUGGUUCCAACAACAGGUUUGAUGGGAUGGUGUAUUUGUAUCAAGGGAAGAGCGGUGGCAGGAGCAUUGACGUGGAGAUCACCUUGGAAGCUGGAGCCCUGGAGAUGUUAGAGAAAGAUAAGGAGUUUCUCAUGGAAGUCUAGUUUUAACGAAUUGAUAUAUGAAGAGGGUGCUAUUUUCACAUUUAUUUUGAUCAUAUGAAAACUUUGUUGAUUGAAAUGAAUUAAUCGAUAUAAAUGUGAAAAUAGUUUGCAUUGCACCCUUUGAAUAAGAACCGGAAGUGUUUAAAAAUAUUGUAAAAUGAAGGCGACAUUAUGCUAUCGCUACUCAACUUUAUGUUGGUUUUUUCGUUUUGUUUUCACGGUGAGCAGCUGCUUUGACUUGUUAGUCAGUUAAGGGUUUGCCUUUGGCUUUGGAUCGAUUCUCUGUUGUUAAUGCUGUGGCUUUAUGGACUUAAUUGAUUUUCAACUAAGAGCACUGAAUAUGAGAUAUAGAAGUAGUUGGGAUUCUCUCGUUUGGCAAUGUUGUUGAAAUCAUACAACACUUGGGAUUCAGGACUAUAUAAAUAUAUCAUGUCGGAACAGUAGUCUCAUGUGUGCUCUCCUGAAGGAAUAUCGAACUCCCUUUUAGCGAUUCAAUUGGAGUAGUUGGACUAAACUGUUUAUACUUAAGUUGUGGUAACAAAUAGAAUUUAAGACAAUAGACGUUGUCAAACCAAAACAAACAGGGGGAGUAGCAGAACCUGUGCAUGGCAUGUGUAUGGCAAAUCUUGUAAAAAGACGUGUUAUUAGUUGAGGAUAUCAAAACACCAAGGGAAAGGUGAUCGGAUAUAAAUAAACUGACAAUUUUGGCUUUUCCUUGCUAUUAUUCGCACCAGGUCACGGUAAAAUGAGCGUCGGCAUUAGCUAAUUUUUUUAAAUGCAUUAAAUUGACUUAGAAAAAUGUGCUCUUAAAAUCGUUUGAGAAAAAGAUAAUAUGUCAAAUUAAAAUUAGAGGAUGUCCUUUAUCACGUUAUUGAAAAAAAAAUGCUAGCUAUGGCCAAGCCCUCCAUGAAUUGCAGCCAAUCUCCACCGUAUAAAGGCUCCGAUAUCAUUUAUUAGAUCUACCUGCAUACAGCUUCCCACCUGUUGCCAGUGCAGCAUGUCCAUGUGGGUGUAUUGAUAGUAGUCAAUCUCAUUAAUCUUAUCCACCUUUUCCUUUUACCAGAUUGGCACAAGGACUGAAGAUGUGCUACCAAAAAGGCAGCUGUUUCUGUUUAGCUACCUGUUUAAUCUCAACCUUCGUCCUUGUCCUACAUGUAAAAAUUACAACAUCUGUUGCACAAAAUUAAAAUUAAUUCGAUGACUAUCAUUAGACUUUCUCAUUGUGAAUUGGAAGUGGAACUUAAUCAAAUGAGAGGCUUGGACCAGAAUUAUCUAUG